AUGAUGGCAUGAUUUCUUAUUUUUGCCAGCUUUUCUGCAGUUUACAGCUACUCACCACUGAACUACACAGAAAUAAUGUCCCGUCUAUUGCAUCUCAAUGCUACUUGCCCAUUUCUAAGACUGUCAUCUUCUCAAACAGAUUUUAACUUGCCAUCGCCUGAAGACUGCCAUGAGUGUUUAACCCCAAUUCUUACAAUUUCAAACUCAAAUGGUUCAGUUCCUCAAAUCUAUUUUUCAGGCUGCCUUCAUGGAAAUGAGCGCUUAGGCCCAGUCGUGUUAGCAGAGCUCGCUGAAUUUUUAUGUUCAAAUUAUGACACAAAUUCAUGAAUAAAAAGACUAGUCGACACCCGCCUUAUAAUUAUGACUCCAAUGACAAAUGCUCAAGGAUAUUAUCGUAACCAGCGUGAAGAAUCAGUGGGAGGGAGAUUAUAUGACACAAACAGAGAUUUCGCAUAUAUGAUCAAAGGAGAAUGCUUCAAAACAAUAACAGCUAAAACAGUUGAAAAAAUAUUCGAAAAAUACUUGAUAAGGACAAGCAUCACUUUUCAUGGAGGAGAUGCUUCUAUUUCAUAUCCUUGGGGAGCUCCUGAUCAUAAAAAGGAUGAAAAAUCUACAGAAGCCCCAGACCAUGCAGCAGCCGACUCAAUUGCCAAAGCCAUUUUAGAAUUUUCUCAGGCUGACUUAGGCGUUGGCCCGAUGACUGAUAAAGUUUAUGAUGUGACUGGUGGAAUGGAAGACUGGGCUUAUGCAGGAGGUUGGGAAAACUCAGUAAAUCCUGAAAAACCAAUCACAAAUUGCAGUGAAUUUUCAAAUUCAAACCCAGAAGGACUGAAACAAUUAAUGUUUCUUGUAGAAGCAGAUAAUGACAAAUCACCUGAUACAGAAAGAUAUGGACAUAAAAGCCAAGUAUUGUCCUCAGAACAAGGUGGACUAAUCCCACAGUUUAUUAGAAUGUCACUUGGGCUAAUCGACCUUGCAAAACCAUACAUUUUAGCUGAUAUUGUAACAAUUGAAAAUGGGAUAAGAGUAGACUGGACAGUUUGGGGAUGCAUAACAGUUGAUUAUACACAGGUAUUUUAUGGGAAAUAUACUGAGACUUUAUAUGAAGAAAUCAUAAAAGAUUCAAGCAAAUCAAUCAGUCUAUUAAAAAAAACAAAAAAUAGAGGUGGGAAAUGCAGAUGGGGAGGUAUGACUGAGUUUUCAGAAGAAAUAAUAACAGAAGAAGAUGUGAUUGUAGUGAUUUCAGCAAAAGUUGAUUCGAAUUGGCUGAAACAGAAUAAACCUGACCCAAAUGUCCCUCCUCAGUCCCAUAUAGUAAAUUCAAGGACAAAACAGCAUUAUAAAGUCUCGAAUAAAAAUUACAGUAUUGAUGAAAGCUCUUUUUUUUUCUCUUCUGCAUUGAAAUCUGACUUAAAUUCAACAGGACCUGCAGAUAAAGAUAAGAAAUUUGAAGGAAGUUUUCAAUGGAAUGCAUUAUACUUACUCUCUAUUACAAGUAAAUUAUAUAAUUUUUUAUAAAUAUUAAUAAAAUUGAAAAAUUAAACUUGCUUUGCUUUAGACGAGUUAGUCAUUUUGAUUAUCGGCAUAAUAUCUGGAUUACUAUACAUUGCCGCUAAAGAUUUAGAUCAAGAUUAAGUUAUGAUUGGUAUUUAGAGUCUCCACUUCCUGAAGCAUUUUGCAUUCCGCAGGCGUUCGCCUGCGGGGUGGGCUCCCUCAAGGCGACUUGAGCCUGGGCCGAAACCUCCGAUUUCUUAGUAGAGGCAUUUUCCCUAUUGAUCUGAUUCAAGCCAGAUUUUGCCAGGAAACUCCAUUUACAGCCCAGGAGCCAAAAAAUGCCCAUCUCUGCUCAGCUUAGACCAGAUCGUCCCAUUGAGGGGCCCUUUUAGACUGGAGAGACUAGUCCUGAGAUCUUCUUCUAGCCUGUCUUUCCUUUUUCUCCCAGACCACAAAAGCAGCUUAGGCAGAUAAGACUCCCUGCCUCUAUCGAGCACCCAUUCUGGGCCUGGGCAUUGCUGGAAAGAUGCAAAAACUGCAGCUCAAGCCUGGCCACUAAUCAGCGGAAAUAGAGCUGGCCUCUUGCUUCGAGGCUAACCCAACCCACUAGCUCUUUGUGCAAAACCAAUCCAGAUAUACAUAAGGACAUUCGCCACAGGGAUAACAGGUCUCUCGCCGCCAGCCAUUUUAUGUAUAUCUCACUGCGCUAAAAAAUACUUCUACCAGCCUCUCUCACAACAAGAAGAAAUUGAGUUAUAA